UUUCAGGUGAGCGUCUACCUGUGUAACUUCCAAACAGGGCGCGGCUUCUUUGUGGUGUUGAUGUGGAAGUCACGAAGUCCUUAACUCCCUUUCCGAGGACAUAACAGAUUUUCCGCCAUGAUUAAGUCGCUGAGUACAUCGUCCGAAAGCUCCCUCCCCCCGCCGGAGGACGACUUCGUGGACUCGGUCUGCUCCGACGAGCUGCUCGGCUCUCAGUCCCGCCGCUGGCUCGCGGACCUCCUGACGGACGGAGAUGCGCGGAAGGAGAGCGCGGAGGUCGACUCGCUCGGCCGGGACGGGCUGUUCGUGGACCACCACUUCCCCGUGGGGGAGCUGGAGAUGCAGGCCGGGGUCAAGUGGAAACGACCGACGGAGCUCUGUUCGGCCCCUCAGUUCAUCGUGAACGGAGCCACGCGCCUGGACGUCUGCCAGGGAGCGCUCAAUGAUUGCUGGUUGCUCUCCGCCAUCGCGUCCCUCUCCGUGAACCGCUUCCUGCUCAAUAAGGUCAUGCCUCUGGAACAGAGCUUCAAAGACGGGUACAAGGGUUGCUUCACCUUCUCGUUCUGGCAGUACGGUCAGUGGGAGGAGGUGAAGAUAGACGACUUUUUGCCAACUAAGGACAACAAACUGAUAUACCUCAGCUCCCCAGAGAGAGAUGAGUUCUGGAGCGCCCUCCUGGAGAAGGCCUACGCCAAGCUUAAAGGCGGCUACAGAGCCCUGGACAUGGGCUUCCCUCACGAGGCGAUGGUGGAUAUGACGGGCGGGGUGACUGAGGUUUUCAAUAUCUCCUUGCUGCCCCAAGACCUCCCAGCCUUUCUCAGACACCUGCUGGCUAGAGGAGCGCUCAUUAACUGUGCCAACUGCCAGGGUCCUUUGGAGCAAAGUAAUGGACUGGGAAUCAUGUUCAGACAUGCCUACUCUCUGACUGCAGUGGAACAGGUGAAGACGGCACACGGCAUCGUGGAUUUGGUGCGGAUCCUCAACCCUUGGGGCAACACAGAGUGGUCGGGGCCGUGGAGCGACUUGAAAGGCCCAGAGUGGGAGGCGGUUAACAAGGAGGAGCAGAAAAGACUGGAAAGAGUGAAACGUGAGGACGGGGAGUUCUGGAUGUCUGUGUCAGACUUCCGGCGGCACUUCGAGACAAUGGAGGUGUGUCACCUGACUGACUCUCUGAGUGAAACAGGGUCCAGCGUGCUGCCGUGGUGCUGCGUAAUGCACCAUGGGAACUGGGUGCCAAGCAUCUCAGCAGGAGGCUCCGCCCAAGGAGUUUUUUUCUGGCAGAACCCUCAGUACUACUUCACCUUGUCAGUGGACCGCGGCACGCACAACUCUCACAAGACCUGCUCCUUCGUUUUGGCUCUGAUGCAGAAACACCAGAGACGUAGGGGUGUCAACCUGGCUAUAGCCCUGCAUAUUUACCCGGCUCAUCCUAAGAACACCUACCUGUCCCCCAAGGACCUGCAAGCGUUCCGCCCGGUCCUCUUCCUCAACUACUCCAUGCGGCGGGAGGUGGUCCUCCGCGGCUCCCUCCCACCGGGCCGCUACAUCAUCGUCCCUUCAACCGCCGAGCCCAAUCAGCCGGGAGCCUUCCUCCUCCGGGUGCUGACGGAGCAGGGCAACGCCGCCACUCCAGCCAGCAAACCACCAAUUGACAUCCCUUCCACAGAGCUUUCAUUUCCCCACGAAGCUGCUCUUCCUUCAACCACAUCUAUCGCACAGCUGUUCAAGAAGCACUCCAGCCAGGGACUUUGCAAACCAGUGCACCUCCUCAACCUGCUGACGGAGGCCCUGCAGGGAGGAGUGUUGGCCGGCAGUGAGAAGUACUUGGCCCUGGAGCACUGCAAGAGCCUGGUGGUCCUCACGGACAGUCAAGGCAACGCUCGGCUGAACUGGCUGGACUUCAGGUGUCUGUGGGACAAGAUCAGGAGGUGGACGGAUAUCUUCCUGGUGUUUGACAAGAACAAAACAAACCACCUGGAGUACAAAGAGGUGGCCCCCGCUCUGCAGAAAGCAGGCAUCAUGGUGGACGAUUUGAUAAUGCAGCUGGUCGGACUGCGGUACACGGAGCCAGACCUGACCAUCAGUUACCCCGGUUUCCUGUACCUGCUGAUGAAGCUGGAGAGCAUGGCCCACAAAUUCCAAGCGCACGACAUAACUGGUAUGGGAAGCAUCACUGUGAGCUACAGACAGUGGCUCCAGAUGACCAUGUACAACUGACCUGGUCCAAUCAGACGGCUUCAUCAGAACUGGCUUCUUCUCAGAUUUCCCUGCAUGAUUUUAAUGUGUUGAGAUGUGUAUAUGUUGAUGUACUGUACAGCUUGCUGAUAUGAACAUGUAGCAAACAGAGACUUCACAAUUCUGUCUCCCGGGUCAGAGGUCAAAACUGUGAGACAAAGUACACAGGGUUUAUUUACUGUGUCUGUCGCACUUUUGUACUGUGUCUGACCGACAUAAACAAAGAAAACUGUACGAUGUUUCCUCACGCUAAUUACCAGGGGUGUAAAAAAAUGAACUUUAACCACUACAACACUGAAAUUGACUUUCUUUUCUAUGAAAUUAACUCAUUUUUUGUAUGGAAGAUUUAAAAUCCAGACUUAAAAAAACUAAACGAAGGAAGUGAAUUUUAUAAACUACCCCCCAUAUGGCCAGAUACUUUUGAAAUACACAAUUUUUCAUUUAGUGAUCAAUCCUGAGAUUUGGGGCUUUUUGCUUCCAUAACAUUUCCUAUUUCAAACAGCUGGAAAGAAAACAGUAUACUUUCAGGUGUUUAUUUUAUUACUCUGCGUAUGUCAAUUCCUCGUAAAUCCACCAACAAGCUACCGUUCCAUAAUGCCAAAUUCACAUCAGUUAUUUUUGUUUCAUGCCAACAAGUCCAUUAGCGGAUUAAUAAUUACACAGACUCAUCAUUUCACUCUCCUCCACUAUACAUUUCUUUUUUUCUUUUGAUGCCUUAAAGCAGUGAAGUGAUAACGUGAACACCAAGUAAUCCAUUUAUCUGACUGGAUGGCUGACGUGUACUUGAUUGUGGAGAAGUUAACAUGGAGUGGUUUUAAACUUAAACAUAUCGUUUGGGCUUUUGAUUCAGCAUCAUGCUCAGUCAAUGAAAAAUAAAAAGCUGUCAAAAAUGUG